CAAAAUCUCACCAAAUCUCAUUAAAAGAACGAAAAAAUGCUAUAAAACUCAUCAAAAUGAACCAUCAAAGUUUCAUUCAAAAAGACAAUUUGGAAGCAUACCAAACGCAAUUUUGGUACCCCUGUGAGGCAACUCAAUUCAAUGGUACCACCACGCCAAUGAAGCAAAUAGAAGCUUGCCUUCAAAUAGCCAGCAAAGAUAGAAAAGCAUACUCACCCCUAGAUCAAGCUGAAGCCCUUAGUUUGGAAGUCCAAAAUGAGUCUAGGGAUAACAAUAACAGGCAUAACUCACAUAACAAAAACCAUAGUAUUAUAACCUUAUCACCAAUGCUCGCCAAUGCAGGGGCAAUUUUAGAGAUGAAACAACUUUGGGAUGAAUUCCACUCUCUUGGUACAGAAAUGAUUGUCACAAAGGCAGGUAGAAGAAUGUUUCCCACUUUUCAAGUAAAACUUUGCGGUCUGGACUUAAAUGCUGAAUACAUGUUGAUGAUGGACUUUGUACCAGUUGAUGAUAAGCGAUAUAGAUACGCUUUCCAUAGCUCUAGUUGGGUGGUAGCAGGUAAAGCAGACCCUAUUUCGCCCCCUAGAAUCCACGUGCAUCCCGAUAGUCCCGCCACAGGGUCCCAAUGGAUGAAACAAACCGUAUCUUUCGAUAAGUUAAAAUUAACCAACAAUCAAUUGGACGAUAACGGGCAUAUAAUCCUAAACUCCAUGCACAGAUAUCAACCAAGGUUUCACGUUGUCUACUUAACCCCGAAAAACACUCACAACACAGAAGAAAAUUACGAUGGAAAAUUUAAGACUUUCGUAUUCCCUGAAACUGCUUUUACCGCUGUUACAGCGUACCAAAAUCACAGGAUAACCCAGUUAAAAAUAGCCAGCAAUCCUUUUGCCAAAGGUUUCAGAGACUGCGACCCAGAUGAUAGUUCUUCUGAUAUUAUGGCUCAGAAUUCUUCCACCCCACGCCAAAAAACGCCCAGUAGAUCAACCCCAAACUCUUCCACAAAAGAAGAUGAUACUUCCAGCGAUCAUGGUUUGAUUUAUCAAAGUAGAUGCCACCAAAAUCAAGCAACCCUUCCAAAUAACGGACUCACCUCAAUCUCGCAACCGUACGGCUCAGAAUUGUGCAGCUACGGCCCUGUAUACCACCCCCACAACUUUCUACACAACUACAACCCUGUAUAUAGCACGGACAAAAAUAUAAGGGCCACCAACUUCGGUAGAAGUGUUUACGGGAAUUACCCGAAUUUUUAUAACAACGGUAACUUCAGAAGCAAUGCGUACGAUUUUACCCCUAGAUAAUAAAAACAACUUUGUAUUUCCCAAAAAUGUAACCAAAUAUUUUUUAUAACACUUACUGUAAAACCAAAGAUAUUUUUAUUUACACUACAUAUUUAAUUUAUUUUUAAAUACAUA